CAUUCAGCCAAUGAGUGGAGCGCGAAACGUACGCGCGUCCGUGCGGCGGCUGGCGCGACGUUGCCAGCUUUUCAGAAAAAAAUACCAGAUUCGACCUUCUUGGGACCCCCGAUUUUUUUUUGUUUGGCCGCGUUAUCAUUCGGGAAUUCGUAUAGGACCUUAUCCGUUAGUGAGAUGGUGUUCGUACACAGGUGUACUUUUGGUGUGUUGUUUUAGUGUAUUAUGGUGUGGUCUACGCCGUCCGGGGAGGUGUUGAUAGACAUCGUUACAAGGGCCGGGCAGUCCGAUCAUAACCACGGGGGCGGCGCGCUGGCCUACGGCGGCAAGCCGGCGGGGGGCGGCGUGGUGGCGGUGCCGCAGCCCCGGGGGACGCCAGCGGCGCCCUACGCCCCCCAGUACUCCCCACAGCUGCGGCUGCACCAGCCGGGGUACGGAUCCGCCGCACUCACGUACAGGGAUGGGGGUUACGUGCGAGGUGGAGGUGGUGGCGCCGCCGGCGAGUUCCGGGGCGGCGCGCGCGUGUCUCUGCUCGCGGCUCCAUACAUACCGGCGCCGGCGCAGCACCCUCCUCCGGCGGACCCGCCCCCCUUCAAGAAGAUACGCUUCGGAGUCGACCGCCCCCCUAACACAGCCCUGCCUCUGCAUCAACCACUUAGGGUUGACACGAGGGAGUCGGUGAACACGUACAGCACGGUGGACCUCUCCCCCAACCCCCCCUCGGAGUCCACCGUCGAAGACCAGAGCUUUAGGACCACUAAGGAUGAUUUGCUACAACAGAUAUCGAAGGUGGACAGAGAGAUGGCGUUAUCGGAAACGACGCUGACGAAGCUGAAAAAUAAGCAGAAAGAGUUGGAACAGUCCGCGUCGAAGCCCGAGAGGGCGGAGGAGCCCGAGGAGGCUGUCCCCAGGCAUCGGAGCUUGGCGCAGUGUGUAUAUGCUGAUAAUAGAAAAAAGGCUGCGUCUGCGCACGGCGUCCUCUCUCACUUAGGCCCACCCGUCUCUUAUCCACUGUACAACCAGCCUCAAGACACCGAGGUAUACCACGAGAACAUCAGGAGACACCGGCUGUUCAGAAAGCAUCUAGCUGACCACAUACGACGGCUAAAACAGGAGGCUGAGAUGAGAGAAGAUCUGUUAGCAGACGCGUACACAAGAAGAGCAGCAGAGUGGAUGAGAAGAGUGGAGAGGAUAGAAACGGGACAGAAGAGGAAAGCGAAGGAUGCAAGAAAUAGAGAAUUCUUCGAGAAGGUGUUCCCUGAACUGAGGAAGCAGCGCGAAGAGAGGGAGAGGUUUAACCGUCUCGGCGCCCGGGUGAAGUCCGAGGCGGAGCUGGAGGAGAUAGCUGACGGUCUCCACGAGCAGGAGCACGAGGAUAAGAAGAUGAGGUCGCUGACCGUGGUGCCGCCGCUGCUCAGGGACCCUAGGGACAGGAGGCCGGUCUACGUUGACACAAACCGACGUUGCAUGGACAUGGAGGCUGAACACAAAGAUCUCCAGCUGCGCAACACGUGGUCGGGCGCCGAGCGCGAGGUCUUCCGGGAGAAGUACCUCCAGCACCCCAAGAACUUCGGCCAGAUCGCCUCCUUCCUGCCCAGGAAGACCGUCAGAGACUGUGUUAGAUUUUACUACUUAUCAAAGAAGGCUGAGAACUAUAAGCAGUUGUUGCGAAAGCCCCGGCAGCGGCGCUCGGCGCGGAACCCGCCGCGGCCCGCGCCGGAGCCCGAGCUCUCCGCCGGCGUCACCACCCGGCUACAGCGGUCGCAAGGCGUGGGGUCAGCGGCGAGACAGACGGACAAGGAGCAGAGUUCUGAAGACGGUGUCGUGGUGUGUCCACUCGCACAGCCGGCAACAUCUGCCAGCAGAUCUGAACUCCGAACUCCCCCGCUGCCGCCGUCGCCCCCACCGGCGUCCUCGGCGCCUCCAGCGCCCGUCACCACCACGUCCAGUAGCAGCGCGCCCGCCGCGGCCAGUCCGGCGCCCCCGACGUCGCCUGUGCCCGUGGCGCCUGUUGACGAGACGCCGCUACCGCCGUCGCCGGUUGAAGAUCAGACGCCGGCGAAGCAGCCGCCCACAACAACAGCAACAACAACAACAACAGCACCAGCAACAACAGCUACCACGACCGUAACGUCCACUGCUCCAGCGACGACGACCGUGACUUCAUCAGCAACGUCUGUUGUGAGCAGUAACAGCGCUCCGCCCACGCCGCAGCCGGCGCAGCCCCCGACGCCGACGCAGCCCCCGCCUACGCCCGAAGCUGCUGUGACGGAGCGCGCCGGCACGCCAUCUAGCGCGGCUACAACGACAACGACGGCAACAACAAAGUGCGCCGUGUGCGAAAUGCCCGGCGCGACCAGGACGGUGUCUCGCUCAAGAGUAGUGCAUUACGGACUCAAGGAGGACGCUGUCGGCUCCAGGGUAUGUGAACCGUGUCACUGCCGCUGCGUGAGAUCCCGCUACACCCGGUGUCCAGUGGCCACGUGUCCCGGACCCCGGGUGCGCGCGAAGCGACUGCGACACUUACCACCCAAAUGGCACGACCUACCGAUAGACGUUAAAAGACCGCUAAUGGAGGAGUUUCAAAUACCAAGCGAGCUCAGCAAGUGUUGUUUAGCGUGCUUCAAACGCAUCACCCGUCGGCUGGAGGCCUGCGGGGAGCCCGAGCCGGAGCCCUCCGAGGAGGAGGUGUCCCGGGUGCGGCAGCUCCUGAGGGAACACGGGCCCGCGUGGGAGAGACUCGCCCCCCUCUGUUCCAGAACCCCGGCCAGUUUGAAGGCGUUCUACUUCACUUAUAGAAAAAAAUACCAACUGGACGCAGUAGUGGACCGGAGUUCGAACCCGGGCCGGUCGUCCUCGGACGAGUCCGGGGCGAGCUCCGCGGACACGGACACGUGCAGCGCGGAGUCCCCGCGGCCGCCCGCCGGCCCGCGCACCGACGCGGCCGCGCCCCGCCGGCCUGCGCGCGCGCCGCGCCAGCCGCGCGACGAGUACGACUCCUCGGCGACGGAGACUGCCGACGAGGAGAGCGAGCCCAGUUCCAAGGUGUUACCGCCGACGCCGCUCGCGACGCCCGCGCCGCCCGCGCCGCGCCCCCCGUCCCCCGCGCCGCCCGCCGCCCCCGCGGCCCCCGCCACCUCCGCGGCGGUGACGUCAUCGGCGCCAUUGCUGCCCCGCAACGGGCCCCCCGCCGGCCAGCUGUCUGUCAGAGACGUGGUGCUCAACAUGAUUGAGAUUAGUCUGACGAAGAACAACCAGCCGGUACCGCCGGCGGUUAAACCUCAACAGUUAAAGGUAACCCCCACAUCAGGCGGGCGGGAGAGCUUGGCCACGCUGAGCGUGGUGAACAGCUCGCACGCGCGCGCCUCCCCCCGCUCCCCGCACCGGCCCGCCACCAUCACCCCCCUCUCCGCCGCCACCUCCCCCCACUCCGCCACCAACAAGGACGGCGUCGUGGUGCUGCACAUUGAGCCUAGGCAAGAGCCGUUGUUGGACUUAAGUGUGAAGAGAGUGAGACACGAACUGGCUUUCCCUCAGCCUCAGCAACAUCAGAAGCCGGCCUAUCGCAACUGCGGCGACUACGGCCAAUACCGAGCGUCGGGCCCUGCGCCCGCGCAGGACAGAAAGCCGCUCUCGCAUCAACCCACACCUGGCAACAAGGGCUCUAUUACGCUUGGAACACCGGUCCCAUUAGAAUCCCGUUACGAGCCAAGGCGGACCCCGGAACCCAAGCCGGGCUCCAUCACGCUGGGGACUCCUGUACCUCACCCCCCGCACCCCCAGCACCCCCAACACCCCCCGCACCCCCACGACAAGAGAUUCGACCCCCAGUACUACAAGAGGCGGAGUCCGCACGCCACUUACUACACCACUCGGCCCCACGACCCUAACAACUUUAGUCAGCAACAAAACGCCGCAUACUCCCGCAGUCCAUACGGCCUUGAACAACGGCAAAUCAUCAUGGCCGACUUCAUCACCUCGCAGCAGAUGCACGGCGGCGGGCGGCGCGCCGAGCGAGCGGAGCGCGGCGAGCGAGCGGAGCGCAACGAGCGAGCGGAGCGCGGCGAGCGGGCCGGCUCGCCGCGCCGCGAGCGGGAGCCCGUGUCCGUCAUACAGAGGCACACGCCGCACGUGUACCCCCACCAACAUCCGCAUCCGCCGCCAGGUCACGAAGCCUUCGCCCAGUUAGUGAAUGUAGCGUCAGCGGCCACGGCGCUGCCUGUCCCGCGCGGGGAGCAGGAGCAGAAACAGGAACCCAAACACCAUCCGCAUCACCCACAUCAUGACAUGAGAAUACAAAGAGAAAUGGCGAAAUAUCAAAUUCAUUAUCAAGCGUUAGAGCGAGACAGGAGAGCACAACAAGCGCAGUAUUUAGAAAGAGACAGAAUCGCCAUGCAACAAAAUAGAGACAGAGAACGUGCGAUGAUGCAAGAGCGUCAAAUAGUGAUGGAACAACAACAACAACAACAUCAACAGCAACAGCAGCACCAACAGCAACAACAGCACCAACAACAAAUGAUGUUGGAGCGGCAACAUCCUCAACAACACCAGGUGGUGUCCAGCGCGGAGACGGAGCGGCGUCUGCUCGGCGUGGCGGUGUCGGUGGCGGGUUCGAACCCGGGGUACGCGGCGCACAAGCACCGCGCCAUCACGCCGCACCACCUCGACAGGAAAGACACUCGACCACCAGUGUCUCAAAGCAGCGUGCCGACCAGUUCAGCAGCGGGUGUCUCGUCCGCUAGUGCCGCGGCGGGGGCAGAGCCUCGACGCGCCGAGGGCAAGCUCACGGCGGCCUCGCUCAUAGACGCCAUCAUCACGCAUCAGAUCAGUCAGACUACAGACCCGCAGAGGUUUCCGCAGACGAUGCGUGAAUGCGAGGCGGGCAACCCGGCCGAGCGGCUGCCGGAGCGGCCCGAGGAGCUGGCCGCGCACACCACCAGCAUCAAGCUGGGCGACCUCGCCUCCAACAUCAUCACCAGGGACUUCUGCAGCCCCACGCUUGUUCAGCACAACAGUCGUUUCGUGGCGCCCACGUCGGAGGGCUACGGCGGCGGCGAGGAGUGGAAGCGGCGGGACGCGCCCAAGCACGCGCCCUUCCUGGAGCCCGUGUCGCCGCCCGACACGCACCAGCCGAACAGUUCGAGAAGCAACAACCCCCGGCGGUACGGCGGCACGGGCGGCGGCUCCGGCGGCGGCGUGCUGACGGCGUUCGACUACGUCACCAACCGCAUCGUGGAGGUGAUGCGCAGCGACGCCGACGACCGCGCCAAGCCGAUAGCGAUGGCCGCCGCCUACAAAUACCCUUACUCGGCCUUGAAUGUCACCGCCGCGCCGCCUACUGACGGCCCGCCCGCCGCGCCGCCGCCCGCGCCGCCCGCCGCGCCCGAGCCCGCGCCGCUCAUGUCCGCGCAGUACGAGCCGCUCUCCGACGAAGACUGACGGCCGCCGCCUCGCGUGGGCGGUAGUUAACCUAGAUGUACCGAUGUGGUACAAGUUAUGGUUGAAACAAGACUAGUCUCCAGCUGCGUCGUGGCUUCAUGGAACAACCAGGAAAUGCCAUGUGGUAGAAACCAAUGAAAAUUAGAUAACAAUCUUCUAUACUUCAAGGGAAGUACCAACUGAGGAAAUACUCGAAUAGGACCAUCUUUUGUCGUGCUAUAAUUGUUUUAAAGACUGCCCUAUUUGACUUCAAAAUGUUAGCUCAAAAUGACACGACUUUCACAUGGAAAUAGACGUCAAAUCGUCAUUCUUACAUGAGUAUAAGGAAAGCCGGGGCGCGACACUAAGUGAUUCCAUAGUCAACACGCUACUACAAACACGUUGCUGGCAGAUAUGUUGAUGAUUAACGGGACGACUGUUGUUGGAGACAUAAUACAACAAAUGUUGUUGGAACACGAAACAACGGGUCUUUUGUGUUGGAAACAUUACGAAAAUUGAUGAUGUUGAAAACACCAAACAACAUCACUAAUGUUGUUGAAAUACUGUUGUGCAAACAGCUUUAACCGCUUAUUGAACUGUUGAAACACGGAAGAAUUGAAUUCGAAACAUGCUACAACUGUUGUUGUAACAUAUAACAACUAUUACUUGACAUUUUGCGGAAAGGUAAACUCGGUUUACCGAUUAACAAAGAAUGAUAAAAGGAAUCUUGUAUGAAAAUAAAAUCAAUGAAAAUAAAUAUUUAAAAAAAAAACUCAAAAUUAGCUGGACUAGUAAAACAUAUUACUAUAACUUCUACGGAACAACGAAUUAAAUUUAAUUAAUAAGAAACACGGACUAUAGAAAUAAAGAAUUAUUAUUAACAUAUGACAUCAAAAAAAUAUAUGCUUCAAGAUUCAUAUAAGACAAUAAUUGAUAUGAAACUAAAUUUAAAAACUCUGCUGGAUAGUAAAACGGGCAAUGCCCGAACGCAAGAAAUCAUUAAACUAAGCGAAGAAAAAUAGUCAUUAAUAGCUACUUCUGCGUAAGUUUGUUCUCUCACCAAAGCCUGAACUAAGCUUAUAGAAGUUUCCUGUUACAAGAUUUAAGGACUGACAGUGAUAUGACUUUAAAGUGACGACAUUGUGUGACAUACAGUCAGGAUUCGUAUUUAUUGGUACGGACGUGACAAGUGGUCCAAACAGGGUGCCCUGACUCGCCGAAGAGACAUUGUAUAUUUGUAGUUUAAAAACAGGGAUGUACCAUGUUGUGGCAAGCUUUAAGUGCGGAGGUCGUAGCGUUAAGACUUAAAUUAAGCCUUCAUAAUUGGCGAAUGUGUUAAUUUGUGACUGUUAAAUGAUACUGCCGCUGUGAUGCAAAAAUUACCUCAUAUUUUUAAGUGGCAGAUUCUAAAGUAAAGUUUAAUCCAGUCUUCCAUCGCCGAGCUCGCGAUCUCCGCGCGACCUCGUCCAUUACGUAGCUACACUAACUUGUACAUUAUGUAUAGACGCCACGCGCUGCAUUUUACGAUUUCUGUUCCGGACUCGACUCGUGUCGGUCCGGGGGAGGGGGGGCAAUCGAGAAUCGAUCGAUUGCGCCGCCGCCCGAUUUAAUUUAGCUUUUGUAUUAAGUUUUUGUAACGCUUCGCUUCGGAUUUCGCUGACGCACCCAUCUCGGUAGUUAGCGCGUAGUGAUCGCCACUUCAUGUAAAUAGUUCAUCGCAUCGUUUCUGUAUAGCUCGUUGUCGCAGCGAAGUCCGUGCCGACGCGAAUUUUCUACAGACCGGGGCUCCGACGGGCGCGCGAAUGGCGCUCCGUACGCGGUAAAUUAUAUACAUAUGUAAAAGUGUAUGGUUACUGUGUAAACACUGUGCAUUUGUAAUUAUAUAGAAGGUUAGGUAAGUUUUACUAUAGAGAUUUCAUUUUUUAGUUAGGUCGGCGACGCGGCCGCGUACGGUCGAGUGGAGUGAGAGUGAGUGGCGAGCGAGAGUGGAGUGAGAGUGGAGUGAGUGCGAGCCGCGUCCGCGCGCCGCCGGUCGGGCUCUACCCGCGCGAUGUCGCUCAGUAGCUGCGGGUUCUCAUACUAAUUGAUGGGUUUCAUAUAAAGAUUUUAUACGAAUUUUGAGUUGACUACAUGAGAUUAUAGUGAUAAUUUUGGUUAGCUAUCAUCCACUUGAUCUGAAUCAGAUUUGAUGAGAUACUACUCGAAACGAAUUAAAUUCACAAAAAAAAAAACAAAA